UUCGUGAAGUAAAAGAAAAUAAAAAAACUGUGAUUUCGAUAAAAAAAAUCUAAACAUUCUAAACCAUGCUCUGCUGCCAUGUGAUUUCGAUAAAAAAUUCUAAAACAUAGCGUAAUUAAUUCUAAUUUAUAUAAGUGUGUUAAUAUAUUAUUUCGUAACUGCCUGUGCUCUGCGAUUUGAAGAUAGGACACUGUGAACGUACGUUUCGCUCAAAUGCUGUACACGGACACGAAAUACCAAGUACUACGCGAAGAGAUGAUCAAAGCCAACACCCGAAACCUGGUAUACCAUUGUCGCGCUGAUAAAACCGACUGCGACGCAGCCUUGGCCAAGAUGCGUUAUAAAGCUAGCAAGCACUUCUAUGCGCUCGCCAAGGCCGUGGUAGACUAUGUUAAGAAUAAACGCCAAGCACGGCCCACUGGAUAUGUUGGCACGGCGACGUUCUGCCAAGACAAUAUCUGUGUUCCGGACACCGAUCCACCGAUCGUGAUAGGAGGAUGCUACACGCUGGUCUCCUGCGGCGGAAACCAAACCUGGCACCUGGACCCCGUUGUCUACAAGAAAAAGAAAUCUAGAAUGUUUUAGUUCAAUACAGAUUUUACCGAAAAUAAAAUUUAAUAUAAAGUC